AUGAAUUCCGAAGAAACUAUUUUUAUUAAAUCAGAAAAAGAAACCUACAAAGAGAUAAAAGUAGAAAGUAUAGAGCUAAAAUUUGACAAUAAUGUUACAAUAUUACGAGAUGUAAAAGGCAUCUCUUCAAAUAGCAAUAAUAAUAAUAAAUGUUCAAGUAAUAAAAGAUCUGUUAAUAAUGUUGAUAAAGAUCCCGAAACACUUGCUGCAGAGUUAGCCAUUAAAAGAGCAAGAAAUACAGAUGCUGCUCGUCGUAGUAGACAUCGUAAAGUUAUGAAAAUGGAAUCACUUGAAAGCCAAGUUUCAGAAUUAUCAUCAAAAAACCAUACAUUAAAAACUCAUUUAGCUGUAUUGGAAAUUGAAAUAAAAGGUUUAAAUGAGAAAAAUGAAGAAAAUGAUUCAAGAAUUAAAAAAUUAGAAAUUCAAUUGGCUGAAACUUAUGAAAAAAUAAUUACAUCAAAUUGGGAAGAAAUUGUUGAUAAUUUUGAUAGUAUGAAUCUUAAACCUGACCUUCUUCGUGGUAUUUAUGCAUAUGGUCAUGCAGUAGAUAAUCCUGGUCCAGACUCUGAGAUGUUUUUAUUACGCAAAUAUGCACCUGACGUCCCGGAAGAUUUAUUAUUGAAGUUAACAGCAGCAUUUAGUGAUUUAAGAAAAUUAGUAGACGAGGGAUUAAUCAGUUACCCUUAUUCAACCAGGGAAUUGGUUAAUGUUGUUAAACAUAUGCAGGAGUUUCCUAAAGAAGGCAUUGCACGUAUUUUACAAAAUAUUUUUGAUUUUGAUCAAUAUGAUCAAGAGUCAAAAGAGCUUUUGUUCAAGGCUUUUGAAAAGCAUGGAAUACCUGUUGCGCUAGAAUCGGAGUUUAUGAUAAAUUUAGGUGAAAAAAUAUCAUUAAGUGAUCCAAUUGUAACGGAGGUUUGGACAAAAACCGGAAAUAAAAUUAAAUAUUGUGAAAUUAAAAAAGAAGAAAUUUUAAUGAAAGAUGGUUGGGAAAUUCCAGUUGGAACCCCUAAAGAGCUUGAAAGGACUGAAGGCAGAACCAUGACCUUUACUGAACAGACAUACAGUUUUAAAAUACCUACACGCGGGGAAGCAUUAGACAUAGUAGGAUUGUCUGAUGGAUCUUUAUUUGUUGUUACGACAAAUCCUAUUACAUUACACGCAAUUAAUCAAAAUCAUCGAAAAAUUAGAAGCAUGGAUUUGUAUGAAUAUUUUCCAUUACAAAAAGCACCACCAGGGUUAAAGAUGACAAUAGUACAAACACAAGAAAAUGGCUGGUAUUUGUUAUUGCAUGAUCCAAUAGCAAAUUCACUGCUUUGCAUUGACUUUGCAAGAAGUCCAAAAAUGUCUGUCUUGUUGACAGGGUUAAAUCCAACAAAAUCUGUAAUGCUAAAAGAUUUUGAAUCUACUGGUAUUUUAGUUUUCUACCAGAGCGAAAGAUCAACUAUUCUAAUGUUAGAUUUUAAUAUAAAUACAAUGUAUACAAUUGAAGUGCCUGUUAAAAUUUCAAAAUUAUUUUUGCUUAAACCAAAUGCAUGGUUACUCAGAGAUAGUGUUAGCGGGCAUUAUCAUAUCGUUUACGCAAAUAACCUUGAUGGGCAGAAUUUGGUUCCAAACAUCAUACUGCAAAUUGAUAUAAAGAGUUUGCUGAAGCCUAUCCCAGAUGAAAUUACUUUCAUAUCCCAAGAUGUAUUUCAACAAGCAAGUUUCAUGUCUACAAGAUUUUUACAAAGUAAUGAUGAUUCUAUAGCUGCUUCUAUUAUUUUAAAUUCGCCCGAGACUUUGGUUGACGAUAUUAAAACUGAAAUCAUUUCAUAUAUGAGAAAGCCUGGAGAUGAUUGCAAAAAUUGUUUCAAUGAUCUUAAAAAUUCCUCUAUAUCGCUUAAGAAGACAGGACAAUUGGCAACUGUUAUUCCAUUAAAGGACGGGAGAAGUGUAGGAAAUUUAGAGAUAUUUAAUCCUGUUGAAAAUGCGUUAUGGCGCAUUACAAUUCCUUUAUCAAUCCAAGUGCCUAGUUUCAGCAUAAGUGAUUCAAGACCUAUCGAAAAUCCCUAUUUAUAUUUUGAUAGAAUAGCAGCAACACUGUUAGAAUUACCUAAUGGAGAUUUAUUAACAAUGGAUAUUAGUGGCGUUGUGCGUAUAUGGCAAGUGGACGCUGGUCAAUUAAUUUUGGCUGCCAAUACUUGGAGAAAACUCGUUGGAAAUCUAGAUCAGCAAAAGUUGUCGAUUAUAUACGAAACUGAUGAGGAAAAAUUUUCAAGGGAAAGAUUCGGGAAUGAGGUUCAACAAAUAUUUCAAGACAGGAUCGAUGGUGGCGAUUCAUUGAAUUUAAUGGGUAGAGAACCUACCUUUAUAGAUGUUAGUAAACUGAGUUUGAGAACUGAAAUCCCACCACCUAUCAAACUUACAGCAGCACAAAGAGAUUUGCAUGAGUUGACUAUGCGUAAAAAACGAGAACAAAUAAAUAUGACACAAGAAAAUAUGAAUUUAUUUCAAUCAUAUUUAGUGAAUGUGCAAAAGGAGAUUCAUGAAUUGCGUGUGAUUUUGGAAAGUAUAGAGGCUAAAAAAAAAGAACGUGUUUGGCUUAAGAAUCAAAGUUCUGGAGAUAUUGAUGAUACUAAACUGAUUGAAGGAUUGACUGGAGAAAGUAAUAUUUAUAAGAGACGUGGUGAUAAUGAUCCUGAUUUAGGUUUUUUUCAGGAUAAACCUAAAAAAAUGGUUUUUGCUUUUGAUCUUAGUGCAAGUAUGUUUAGGUUUAAUUCUCACGAUAGAAGAUUAGAUAGAUCUAUGGAAAAUAAAUUUCAGUACCGUAUUGUUGGGCAUAGUGGAGAUUCACCGAAUGUAGAAUUUGUUAAAGAAGGAAAAUAUCCACGAAAUGAAAAGGAAGAGUUCAAAAUAUUAAGCCAAAUGUAUUUACACUCGCAAUUUUGCCUCAGCGGCGACAAUACUCUAAAUGCAACGGCUAAUGCUAUAAAAGAAAUAACAAAAGAAGAGGCUGAUGACUAUUUCGUUGUAAUACUUUCUGAUGCAAACAUCGCACAAUAUAACAUUAAUCCAACGGAUAUUUCAAAAACACUAAAAUCAGAUGAUAGAGUGAAUGCAUUUAUAAUAUUCAUUGGAUCUAUACAAAAUCAAGCCGAAAGACUUCGUGAUAGUCUUACCGGGCAUGCACAUGUUUGUAUGGAUAAUAAGGAUUUACCGAAAAUUAUGAAAUCAAUUUUUUUAGCUUCAAUGUUAAAAGGCUAA